CGAUCCGGAACACUUUACAUUCACCAUACCCAUAUUCACAUGUAGGGGUGCUAUGAUUACGUCAUGGUAUCGCCCACUACUGCUAGUCCACGCAGAAGCAGUAGGUCAAGCGCGGUUUCGGUUGACACGUGCGGACCGACUCCACCUCUCAAGCGAACUCUUUAGAACCGUUUCGCGCAUAUUGUUGUCAGUGCAUGUUUUCGUCUCCAGGCAUCAUAUUUUUCCUAUUGAGGAAUAUGUGCUCUUUGCAUGACAGGUUUCUGUCCAUAUCGAACAUGCUAGGAUCAUGAACCUCGCACCACCAAAAGAUGAUGGGAACAAACGGAAAACCCGUUCGAGGACGGGAUGUCUGAAUUGCCGUCGCAAGAAGAAAAAAUGCGAUGAAAAAAAACCGACAUGCACAAUCUGCUCUAAAGCAUCCGAGAAAUGCGAGUGGACCCGCGGCUUGACCUUCCGGCUGGAGAAUGCCUUUACAUUGGAUGAGAAUUCUCAGUCCAUCUCUAUGUCUCGAGCAAAUCGGUCUAAAAGACGUCGACAGUCUCCCCCAGAGCAGACAAAAUCCCAGAACGACACUACUGCAGCCGAAGACAACUCUCCUGUACAAGGUGACUCGUCUUCAAACAAUGUUUCAGCUAGUCCUUCUACCGAUUCAUUCGGUUUGAUCAACUCACAAUUCGACCCUAGCACGACCACUGAAUCAGCAGAGUUUCAGAAUGAGUUGAGAGAUGAGCAGGGCGCCGAAGUGGCCAUCGAUGGAAUGGACUUCUACCCUUCUCCAGAAUUUGGGAGUGACGAUGGCAUCUUCCUAUCUGGAUCCAAAUAUCGGGAACUGCACAACACAUUGCGACGCAAUGUGUUCAUGACUGCGAGGUCUCGACAACCUAGUCGGCAGGGAAGCCCUUCCCUCAUCGGUUUGGAAGGCACUCACAACGACAACCAUGAUAUGCAAAUAGUCGAAAACGGUAUCGAGGAUAAUGCGCCUGUUAUCCAGACCCAAAUUUCACCAGAAGUUGAGACCUUGCUAUCGCCCAAUCAGGAGCAUAUCUUAUGGAAGAAUUGGGUAGAAGAGAUAUCUUUAUGGCUCGAUAAAUUCGAUUCACAUAAGCAUUUCCGCCACACCCUACCCAACAUGGCACAAAACUGCCCACACCUACGUUACUCGAUGCUCGCACUGAGCGCCAGGCAACUCGAACGCAAGGAUGGCUCAUUGCCUGCUUCAACCAGCUUGGCGUUGUAUCAGGAGGCUAUACAUCGACUUGUUCCUCAGCUGCAUGAAAGAACCGUUCUUGUGGUUGCCUCAUGUGUUGUUCUAUGCGUAUUGGAAAUGCUAAGUUGUUCCCCGAGAGCGUGGCGACGUCACCUUGAUGGCUGUGCCUCCUUGAUCAGGUCUAUGAAUAUUAGGGGAGAUAGUGGAGGCGUGGAGCAAGCACUAUUCUGGUGCUUUGCAAGAAUGGACGUCUGUGGUGGUCUCAUCUCCAUGGAAAGAACCCUCAUUCCCAUCGACGAAUGGAUGUCGGCGAACUCAUUCGAGGCCGACUGUACAUAUUUCCAGAUUACUGGCGUGUUCGAAGAUCAUGCCAACUAUUCUUGCUAUCUUAUCGGCAAAGUGAUCGACUUCUUAUAUGGACCGGAAGAUCCAAAAACGCCCAACUCUCUCAAUGGCUCUGUUCAGGGAUCUUUUGCGUCGCAGUGGUGCGAAUUAUUUGAUCAGCUUGAGCACUGGUAUAUAGUACGGCCUCCUGAAAUGCAGGCCUUCUUAUACCAGAACUCCACAUCUGCCCAGGACAAGACUGGCUCACCUUUUCCAACCGCUCUCUUCACCAACGGCGCUGCGAUUUCCGGAAACCAGCUUCACCACACUGCAUCACUACUGAUGCUGCAAAACUGCCCUCGAAACACAAAACGUACAAGAUCAUUGCUAUGGCAUGCUCGGCAAAUCUGUGCCAUCUCGAUUUCAAACACACAUCACGGUUGCUGGACGAAUUGUAUUCAACCACUAUGGCUUGCUGGACAAGUCAUGAGCCAUCCGGAUGAACACCGCGCGAUUACAAAUAUUUAUAAGAGGAUUGAACUUGAAACGGGAUGGGCAGCUACCUGGCGGGCUGUUGAUUUGCAGCAACAUUGGGGAGAUUUAGAUAAUUAAUUGAUAACUAGUUCC